GCGUCGAGGCGCGUUAGUUGCAGCCAACACGUCGGUGGCAUCGGAGGUAUUGGUACGACAAUAUCGUGACAGUGUACUCUCGACGGUCAACGGCACGAACGAGAGAAAGGAUCGAGAAGGACCGUGAAGAGCGCUACCACGAGGAGUUUAACUCCAAAUUCAAUCGAGAACCGAAACGAUGUGAGGGCGAUAUCUCGACGGAGAGAGAGACACUGUAUGCGUUUGAAGAGAGAAAAAAAAGGCGACAGGAAGAGAAAGAAGCACUUCUACUGUGUGUCGAGCCAACGCGACCCACAUAGAUAGGCGAAAAAAGAGAAGUGCACGAGAAGAGCGUAGCUGAAACGCGAGUACGCCUAAGCGGGUCGGGACUGAGAGAGGGAGAAAGAGAGAAAAAAAGAACGAAAGUAGUAAACUUAUUUCCUCCCGAGCGAACGCACGCGUGAGAAGGCCGCAAAAUGUCAACAGACCACGGUGGAACGUGCUGCAAUUCGCGUCAGAACGGUGUGGUGCAGCCGUUACUCACAGAUUUAUAUCAAAUCACAAUGGCUUACGCCUAUUGGAAGAGCGGCAAGGUGAACGACCAUGCUGUAUUUGAAUUGUUCUUUCGCAAAAAUCCCUUCCAGGGAGAGUUCACGAUUUUCGCCGGCCUCGAGGAAUGCAUAAAGUUCUUGAAGAAAUUCCAUUACUCCUGCAGUGAUAUCAAGUACCUAAAAUCGACUAUGCCUAUGGUAGACCAAAGUUUCUUCGAUUAUCUACAGAGCCUCACUGCAAAGAACGUCACGUUACACGCCAUAGAAGAAGGUUCCGUUGUAUUUCCAAGAAUUCCUCUAAUAAGAGUGGAAGGACCACUGAUAAUGGUGCAACUGUUGGAAACUACUUUACUAACGUUAGUGAACUAUGCGAGUUUAAUGGCCACUAAUGCAGCAAGGUAUCGCAUGGUUGCUGGGAAACAUAUAACAUUACUGGAAUUCGGACUUCGACGAGCGCAAGGGCCCGACGGUGGAUUGAGCGCGUCUAAGUACAGCUAUAUUGGUGGAUUCGAUGGCACCAGUAAUGUUUUAGCUGGAAAGCUGUUCAAUAUACCCGUUUGCGGCACGCAUGCACAUGCAUACAUCACGUCUUUCACCAGCAUCGAUGACUUGCAAAGAAAAACGUUGGCGCACGCACAGACAGGAGAUGUUCUGGAUCUGCUGGAACUCGCCUGCAAAUAUCGCGAGGAUAUCGCUGACGAUUUAGGGGCAUUAGCCUCGCAAGCAUCUGGCAGCGAAUUUGCGGCCCUGAUCAGUUACGCCCUUGCUUUCCCGGAAAGAUUCACCGCUCUAGUGGACACGUAUGACGUCAAAAGCAUUGAGACGUCGGCCAGGAGGCAGGCACAAGUGGCCAGCCUAAAUGUAAAGAAUAAACUUCUAACUAACGGGUCCAAUACACAUGCCCAAAACGGCGUGAGAAACAACCCAUUUAAAUCAGAACCGACUUCGCAACACAAGAACGGCUUUUUAAGACAAGGCGAAUUGGGCGAGCUCUAUGUGAGGAGCGGCCUCUUGAACUUCUGCGCAGUGGCGUUGGCCCUGAAAGACUUAGGAUACAAAGCCGUUGGGAUAAGGAUCGACAGCGGCGAUCUGGCCUAUCUCAGUAACGUAGCAAGAGACAUCUUCGAAAAGAUCGCUGUUAAGUACGAUAUACCAUGGUUUGCGAAGAUGACAAUUUGCGCGUCGAAUGAUAUUAACGAGGAAACCAUAAUAAGCUUAAACGAGCAGAGUCACAAAAUCGAUUGCUUCGGGAUCGGUACUCAUCUCGUAACGUGUCAGAGACAACCGGCUUUAGGUUGCGUCUACAAAAUGGUAGAGAUUAACGGCGAGCCGAGGAUUAAGCUCAGUCAGGAAGUUGGAAAAGUCACAAUACCGGGCAGCAAGGUUGCUUAUAGACUAUAUGGAGCAGACGGUUACGCACUAAUAGAUCUCUUGCAGAAAUCGUCGGAAGAAAAGCCGCAGGUGAUGCAGAAGAUUCUCUGCAGACAUCCAUUCCAACAAACGAAGAGGGCUAACGUUACGCCGUCUCGAGUGGAAGCUUUGCAUAAGGUAUAUUGGAAAAACGGCGAAUUGUGUCAGCCACUACCCACAUUGCAAGAGAUUCGUAAUAGAGUGCAAGAAUCUCUCAAUACGCUGCGUAACGAUCACAAGAGAAAUCUGAAUCCAACACCGUAUAAGGUGGCUGUCAGUGAUACCUUAUACAAGUUUAUAGACGAGUUAUGGUCUCAAAAUGCGCCUAUUGGAGAAUUACGGUGAAGCAUACUACUCUUAUACAGGAUUAUCGUUAAGUCAGCCUCUAGUAAUUAUGGAUAUAGAGUAACAAUAGGAUUGAGGUUUAUACGGAUAAAAAGCGGCAAUGAGUCCUUUUUCAAAACCAACGACUAUGCACCGUUAUAUACGAUCAUACGUAUAUGUAAUAAAAGCUUACGUAUGUACAUAUCGACAUGAUGCACAGGAUACAUAACGGAUAUAAUAAUAAAUACGAGAGAAGAUCCUGUGAGGACAUAUUUUUUACAUUGUUGAAGAUGUCGAAUCGUAUUAUCGUCGGCAGCACAUUCAUUGUCGCGAUCUAUUUUGGUAAAGUUGUGUGCAAAUCACGGCACAAUGUAUUUACGUAGUUUUACACGAUUUAUAUAGAACGGAACUGUUUCUUCGGUAUAUCACUAUCGCAUAGGCCGAAAUCGAUGUUAUUUCCACAAAAGUCUAUUUACGAGCUGUAGCUUUGUCGCAUGUACUUACUCCUCUUUAAAAAAAAAGGGAAAAAAGUA